UUUAUAUAAAAACAAUCGAUCUUAUCUGGUUUGACACAAAUUCAUAGAACUAUUUUCCGCUAUUGGUUGUUUCGUAAUGACAUCAUUAGUACAUUUACUGUAAACCAAUCAACCAACAACUAACAUUGAUCGACAUUCUUAUCCAUGUUGAGCUUCCGAGAUCAAUAGAGUGAAUAGUUUUAACAGCCUUAGUUUAGUUUGCAAAACACUAAUCUGCAGUUCAUUUAGAAAACUAGAAAAAGUGGAUGUUAUACUUUUGCACAGUUUUUAAAGAUAUUAUGGACUAAUCCGCAAAAAAGUGCAUGCUGAUUACGAUUAUAUAUAAAUGUAGCUAUCAUUAUUGAGAUAAUAAUGAUCAAAGUUUGAAGAUGGGAUGUGGGGCAUCCAAAUCGACGGGCACAACUCCCGAUUCAAAUUCAGAUAAGACUAUUGGAGCAGAUGAGAAAGUAGAAGAGGAGACGAAGGAAGAAGAAAAAAAUGAAGAAAGUAUUAUUAAGAAGCAUCCACCUAAACCUUCUCAGCGGCUAGAAGAGCAAGCUCAAACAAUUUUAAAAUCAGAAGAGUUAACAGAAAAUGAGUUAGUCGUUUCCCCAAAUUCUACUGAUCAGUUACCAAAAGAAGAAAAUUCACAUGAGGAAGAACCUUCUGUUGUUUCUCCAGAAACGAAUGAAAAUGAAGAAACAAAAUAAAGUCUUCAACAAAAAGAAAAACAAUUUUUGUUAUUAAAAUAAUUGCUUAUUAAAAUAUUUUUAUAAUUCU